AUGGACAUUGCUGCUUCUGAGACGGAGUGGGGACCCACGCCUCCUGCCGCCAACCUGAAUGGCAACUGGCACUAUCAGUUCCGGAUCCUCUUGCUGGGGGACUCCACAGUGGGCAAGACGUCCCUGUUGAGGCGCUACACCGAGCGGUGCUUCAUCCCGGCCCCGUGCCCCACAGUGGGAGUGGAGUUCUACAGCCGGAUGAUGGAGCUGCCCCCAGGGAUCAAGGUGAAGCUGCAGCUUUGGGACACAGCGGGACAAGAGAGGUUCAGGUGCAUCACCAGGUCUUUUUACCGGAAUGCAGUGGGUGUGCUUUUCAUUUUCGACAUGACCAACCGAAGGUCCUUUGAGAACAUUUUUGAAUGGUACAACGAAGUGACCAAUGUGAUGGACAAAGUCAUCUUCCUCCUGGUUGGCCACAAGUGUGACCUUCAGUCGAUGAACAGGGUCACCACGGAGGAAGCCCAGGGACUGGCCACUUCUUUGGGAACGCACUUCAUCGAGACAUCCGCCAAGGAUGACAUCAAUGUAGAUUUAGCUUUUGAGACGAUCGCCAACACCAUCUACGAGGCUCUGAGAACCAAGGAGAUUGAUUUGCAGGAAGGAUGGGACGGUGUGAAAGUCAUUCAUAAGAGGAGAGCUAGCAGUAUACAGAGAAAGAAGCAACCACCAUCCAAAGGAAAAUGCCAGUGUUGAUUCAAGUGGAACAUUCAAGCAUGGUUCCCAAGAGACAAAUGGACAAGACUCUUCUAUUGCGGAUCUUCUAGACAGAAGCUACAGAAGCCUUAUCCAACUGCUCCACUCUAAUAGCACCAUUCCCUCACUCAUCACCAGCCUACUAGAGGGUUACUUUUACAGUUAACUGGUUAGUGGCUUUGUGGAGAAAAAAAUCAAAGGCCUCAUCUAUCCUGUCAUAUCAUGCAGUUUGAACUGGAAUACUGUAUAUGGUCAGUUUUCUUUUUCGUGAGAACUGCAAGUCGCUUCUGGUGUGAGAGAAUUGUCCUUCUGCCUGGAUGUUUGAUGUUUUUACCAUCCCUGUGGGAGGCUUCUCUCAUAUCCCCGCAUGGGAAGCUGGAGCUGACAGAGGGAGCUCAAUCUUGCUCUCCCUAGAUUCAAACUUCCAACUUGUCAGUCUUCAGUCCUGCUGACAUAGGGUGACACCCACUGUGUUACGGGGGAGGGGGGGAUAUCCAUAUGGUAACUGAACUGGAUUAUAUGUAGACUCAUAAGCCAGUGCAUAAUCCAGUUCAAUGCUGCAUUCUGGAACUGUAUUAUAUGGCAGUGUAGAUGAGGUCCAAGACAGCAUAGUUUAUGUCACUGAUGUAGAAGAGAGAAAGAACACAAAAAAGCAUUAGCAAUUCUUAAAGCCACUUUAAAAGCUAAUCUGUUAAUAUAAACAGUCCACUGAAAUAUCCCUCGAAGUUUUAAAAUAUUUUUGAUUGGCAGUGGGAUGAAUGCGCAGAUGCAGUGCUUAUAGAUAAGAAGGGCCUGCUGUAUUUUUUAUUCCUUUAGCAGUAGUCGAAGUAGUUUGUAGCAGUUAGUUGAUAGGGUAAUCAUAGCUGUGUGCAUGUGGAUCAUGUAUUGUUUUUAGAAUUAUACAAUGUAGGUUUUAGAUAAUAAGAUAGGGCUGGGCUUGAGCACAGCGGGUUAACUACCAGCUGCAGUAAAUCUUACCAACUGAAAGGUUGACAUUUCAAAGCCUGGAUCAGAGUGAGCUCCUGGCCUUUGGCCCAGCUUCUACCUACCUACAAGUUUUGAAAACAGCAAUGUGAGGUACCGCUUAAGUGGGAAGGUAUUUAAGACACUCAUAAGGAAAUGCCAGAAAAAUGCCAGCGAUUCAAUCAAGGAGGAAGUUUACAAAGGUCUUUGGCAGGGAAAGUGGAGUGACAGCACCCCCAAUGGCCAGAACCAAGCACAGCCUCCAUGAUGCCGAAGAUGGGGAAACCUAGCAAUACCUUUAUGUACAAGUUGUCUGUCUUGUCAAUGAAUAGCAGCAUUGAAUGUUUGCUGCAUAUGUGUUCUGCUCUGAGUCCCCUUUGAGGUGAGAAAGGCAGAAUAUAUAUACUGUAAAAAUGUAAAAAUAAUAGUAUUGACACAGAAAAGGAAACACUGCUCGAUAGAUUUAAUUAUAUUAUGCCUGGAGUGGAAAGUUUUGAGGCUGCUGCACUGGCAUGGUAACAUCGAUGGAAACUUGUUGUUGUUUAUUUGUUCUGUCGCUUCCGACUCUUGGUGCCCUGCUGGGCCAGCCCAGGCCAGAGGUCCCAGUUGGCCAUGGCCAUCCCCCAACUCCUUCAAGGUCAGGCUAGUCCCUUUGAGGAUCCCCAUCCAUCCAUCUUGCCCUUGGUCAGCCCCUCUUCCUUUUUCCUUUCAUUUUCCCUAGCAUUCUUUUCUUCUACAGGCUUUCCUGUCUUCUCAUUGUGUGGCCAAAGUACUUAAUCUUUGCCUCUAAUAUCCUUCCCUCCAGUGUGCACCUGGGUAUUAUUUUGUGGAGUAUAAACUGGUUUGAUCUUCUCGCAGUCCAAAGCACUCUCAGCAUUUUCCUUCAGCACCACAGUUGAAAAGCGUCUCUCUUCCUUCGCUCAGCCUUCCUUAUAGUCCAGCUCUUGCAUCCAUAGGAUACUACAGGGAAUACCAUUGCUUUAACUAUGCGGCUCUUCGUUGUCAGUGCGGCUCUUUGUUGUCUACUCUUCACUAUUUUAUCAAGAUUGGUCCUUGCUCUCCUCCCAAGAAGGAAGUCUUUUGAUUUCCUGACUGCAGUCUGUGUCUGCAGUAAUCUUUGCACCUAGAAAUACAAAGUCUGUUGCUGCCUCCACAUUUUCUCCUUCUAUCAAUCAGUCUGGUUGCCAUCAUCUUGUUCUUUUAUGUUUAGCUGCCACCCCACUUUUGCGUUUUCUUCUUUCACCUUGAUUAGAAGGCUCUUCAGCUCAUCCUCGCUUUCAGCUAUCAAAGUGGUAUCAUCUGCAUAACUAAGGUUGUUAAUGUUUCGUCCAGCUAUUUUAACGCCAGGCUUGGAUUCGUCAAGCCCUGGAAAUGACUUAGAUCUAUUUGAGGUCCUGACCGGAACAAAUGGCUUCCUUGUGAGACAAGCGUACAAAGAUGGAAAAUACAUUAAGACCACACGUUGGUAAAGUUGGGAACUAAAGUUUAGGUGAAAAAGUCAAGAUGUGUCAUUGUGCUGGUACAGCUGUACCAGAAGCUCCCACUUUAUUUGCCUUGUAU